AUGAGGUUUACUACCAAAUCUGGGUUUGAUCUUAUUUCUCUCUUUCCAAUUGCUCUUCUCCUCCCUUCUAGAUUUCCAGGUAAUCUUAGAUUUCAUUUUUGUCAUCGAAAAAUCUCCACUUACGCUUCAGAUGUUCAUGUUGCUGAUUCUAAAUUAUUCCUUGAUUAUGUUCGACAACAAUCCAAAUUAGGGUUUAACAAAAUUGAUCAUCCCCUUUCCCUCUUUCAUUCUAUGAAAUCUAUUCGUCCUCUUCCAUCUAUUUUUGGUUUUUGUAUGUUAUUUACUGCCAUGUCUAAAAUGAAACCCAAUCCCCCUUUUUCCUCUAUCAUUACUCUCUUUAAGCAAUUGCAUUUCUCAGGUCUCCGUCCGGAUGGUCAUUCCCUUAAUAUUAUGGCUAAUUGUUAUUGCCGCUUAGGUCGUGUUGAAUUAGGGUUUGCGGUUCUUUCCUACAUUAUUAAACUAGGUUAUCCGCCUAGCAUUGUUACCUUUAAUACACUUAUCAAUGGCUUUAUUCAUAUCCAUCGAUUAGGCAGCGCUAUUCAAUUAUUGGAUAAAAUUGUAAAGCUUGGGUAUGAACCCAAUUUGGUUGUUUAUGGGACCACGUUUAAAGGUUUAUGUAGAAUUGGAGACAAUCUUGGUGCCCUUAAGCUCCUUAGAGACAUGGAGUCCCAUGCCCAUUGUAUGCCUGACAUUUUCAUCUAUAACACCAUUAUUGAUAGUCUUUCUAAAGACGGGUUAAUAAAUGAGGUCGUUAAUCUUUUUUCUGAGAUGCAAGUUAAGGGAAUUCGACCUGAUGUCGUUACCUAUACUAUUUUGAUCCGAGGAAUGUGCACUUUAGGGAGGUGGAAAGAGGCGGAGGAUAUGCUUAGUGAGAUGAUGGCAAAAAACUUAAUUCCUCAAGUUCCGACUUACAACAUGUUAAUCGAUAUGUAUUGUAAGGAUGGUAUGAUUGAUGAAGCAGAAGCUGUAUUUAGAUUAAUGACAGAAAAGGGUCAAGUCCCCGAUUUAAUCACUUACAAUACGUUGAUGGAUGGAUAUUGUUUACGUGGUGACAUGGACAACGACUCCAUAGAUAGGUUCAACCAAUCACCAGAAUUAACGACAGGCUGUAUGAUUGUCUGUUUAAUCCAUUCUGAAAAUUAA